UGACGUAGCGGUCACGUGUGCGGCUUUAGCUCCGUCACCAACAGCUGACGCCGUGAUUGAGGAGGAGCCUUGGGAAAACCUGCAGAAUCAGAGUGUCCGGCUCGUCGUCCGUCGUCUCUGUGGAUGAUAAUUACGGAGGAACUGGGCGAUUCCUGGCGUCAGAUCCGAGCCAGAGGGGGCGGGCUAGCGCCAGCGCCGCCGCGGCGUGGGCAGCAUGUUUGCGUCCUGCUGUAACUGGAUCUGCCUGGACUCUGCUGACGUGGACGUGUCGCCCGGCGGCGGCGACCGCCCGCCGCGCUCCUACACCAACUCUGCCUUCAGCAGCCAGCCCACGCCCCCGCCCCAGCACGCCUGCCGCGCCUGCGGGGGCCGGCUGGACACGCCCAACAAGAAGCACGUGUGCGUGGACUGCCAGCAGAGCUUCUGUGGCCGAUGCUCGUCCCACCUGGAGCCCCGCCCCCGCCUCUGCCACACCUGCCAGCGUUUCCACGGCAACCUGCUGCAGCGGGCGGAGCUGAUGAAGCUGAAGGUGAAGGAGCUGCGCGACUACCUGCACCUGCACCAGGUGUCCACGCACCUGUGCAGGGAGAAGGAGGAGCUGGUGGAGCUGGUUCUGGGUCAACAGUCUCCGUCCGGCAGCUCGGCCCCCCAGACCCCGGAGUUUGAUCCCCCGUCCUCGCCGCCGAUGCCCGACAUCCCCGACGCCCCCCCUCCCCCUCCCCCUCCUCCCCCGCCCACAUCAGACCCCGCCCCGCCAGAGCCUGAAGCCCCGCCCACAACCACAGAGGGCCCCGCCCCCCCGGAGGACGACCUGCAGGACGAAGACCAGGUCUGGGACCCCGAGGACGCCCCGGUGUCGGGUCGCCGGGCGUCUCUGUCCGACCUGAGCGGCGUGGACGACAUCGAGGAGCUCAGCGUCCGCCAGCUGAAGGAAAUCCUCGCAAGGAACUUCGUCAACUACAAAGGCUGCUGUGAGAAGUGGGAGCUGAUGGAGAGAGUGACCCGACUGUACCGGGACCAGCAGAACCUGCUGGCAGCGAACUCCGUCAACGCUGCAGACUCUGCAGGUCCGGGUCCGGGUCUGGAGGAGAACCUGUGCAGGAUCUGCAUGGACUCGCCCAUCGACUGCGUGCUGCUGGAAUGCGGUCACAUGGUCACCUGCACCAAGUGCGGGAAGAGGAUGAGCGAGUGUCCGAUCUGUCGGCAGUACGUGAUCCGCGCGGUGCACGUUUUCCGGUCCUGAUCCGGUCCUGAUCCAGGUAAACCAGAACCAGAGCCGAGCGUCUCCACGGCGACGACAACGACCUCUCCGAAGGGAACUCCUGCAGACACUCGUGUCCUUAUCGUCUUAACUCGCCUUUUUCUAGUGUGAUUGAAAUGUUUUGAUGCAAGUAUGAAGAAGAUGUGACCUCUGACCUCCCGGGGUGACCUCCGACCUCCCGGGGUGACCUCCGACCUCCCGGGGUGACCUCUGACCUGCCGCUGCUCCAAAGACUUGACCGUGGAGACGCUGCAGACGUGGGACCACAACUCUGAACGGUCCGGUUUGUGCGGUCUGGUCUCUAACCUUCACCGGCUGCAGCGACUCCUUCAGUUCUGUUUACACGCUGCCUUGGAGGCGACAUCUCCGCGUCGUUUACCCAAACCUUCCCAGGUGUUAAGAUGUUUUUCCCGCUUCUGUUCAAAGCUUUUAAUCGGUUUGAUUCCACGAAAGACGCCAGCGAGUCCAGCGGAACCGAACCUUUGACCUGUUUGGAGCCGAAAGAGACGAAAGAUCCUGAGAAACUGAUGAAUAACUAAUAAAAUCACGGCCCUGGGACUUUAUCCAUCCCUCCAUCAUCCCUCCAUCCCGGUCCAGACCUCCUCCUUCACGCGGACAUAGACAUUUAUACGUAGACGCCUCAUAGACUCACGCUGCCUGUUGGAGCUGACGUUCAGCGCGGCCGCCAUCAUCACUGCAAAACCUCCAAAUCUUACCAGGAAUAUUUGUCUUAUUUCUGGUUAAAAUGUCUCAUUUUUAGUCAAAAAAUCUCAUUACACUUAAAACAAGAGUCAUUACCAGAAAAAUAACUUAUUUCACAAUUUUCACCUGUUUCAAGUAAAUUUUCACUUGAAAUAAGUAGAAAAAUCUGCCAGUGGAACAAGAUCUAUCUUCUCAUUACAAGCAAAAAAAUCUUUUUUUCUACUUAUUUUAAGUGAAAAUCUACUUGAAACAGGUGAAAAUUGUUGUUUUCUGGUAAUGACUCUUGUUUUAAGUGUAAUGAGAUUUUUUUUAAACUAAAAAUGAGACGUUUUAACUAGAAAUAAGACAAAUAUUCUUGUUAAGAUUUAGAGUUUUUGCAGUGUUGGAAGGGUCUCUCCGACGCGCGGCCAUCUUGGAUGGGUCUCCACUUCAGUUCAAUUUGUUGGAACAAAUAGAGUUGACGAGGAUCAAAGCUGCCGACUCCUGAACCGGGCCGGUUCUGGUUGGACCUCUGGAACCAGGAGGUUCUGGUUCUGGUUCUGGUCCUGGACGUGACGCCGGUGAGACGCGGCGGCCCGGAUGACGGCCGGUUCCGGUUCCGGCCCGUCGAUGAGCGGCCGCCCCGGUUCUGAUCCGGACCCCCUGGACCCGGGUCGGGGGUUCCGGGUUCCCGGCAGAGCCGGAUCUCCUGCUGGUUCUGGUUCUGGUUGUAAAAGUUAUUUUCUUGUGAAAACGGAUCACGAUGUUUAAUCUGUUCCCGUCUCGUCCUGAUUGAUUGAUUGAUGGAUCAAUAACUGCACUUUGAUCAGAGUUAAUUAUGCAAACGCACUUCUGGACCCGCCAGAACCGGGUCCACGGGGAACAGAACGGUGAAGGGAUCCGGAACCGACCGGUUCUGGCCGGUUCUGGUCGGGGACGAAGCUUUUUAACUCUUUCACAAACUUUGCUGAAGUUUGUUAAAUAAAGUUUUAUUUCCUGAGUUGUUUGGAAUAAAAGGGAUUCAGUCUGA